AUUGCUGUUCAGAUGGUCAGUAUUUCACUGCAAGUGUCAUAAUGAAUAAGGAUACAAUUAGAGGUUUUUCUGUCUUAUCUUUCUGAUUUGUAUGGGUUUUCCCCAAUUGUUUUCCUGUGGGUUUUUUUUUUUUAUUUAGUAAAGGAACAUCUCUUCAGAUUGUAGUUAACCACAAGAAUUAGGGUUGGGAGUCCAUGGUUUAAAUACUUCCUGAAUUUUAUAUCAUAAUUUCAAGUGGAUUUGACCAUGUGUUUGUAAUUAUAAAUGGAGGAGUUAAAAAUACUAGGAGGAAGAUUGCCCUGCAGUUCUAUUGCUGAGGUGACCAUGCAAGAUCCUUGGCAGAUACUGUCUCCGUGUGACUUCAGUAUGGAGACUGGCUUAAAAAACUAAUGAAUUUAAGCUGGGAGUCCUCAAAGGACUAUCACCAUGGAAAUAAAAAUAAGGAAACAUUGCAGAUUUAGUUGUCUUUUUUCCUAGUAUUCCUAUUUACUCAUUAUAAAGUAUUUAGGCUCUCCAAAAUACAUUGGUUUUAAAAUGUUUUAUUUUGAUUCAUUAAAUUUAUUGCUGGGGUUAUUCUUAGUUGCAUUUAGAAGGCUUUAAGCAUAUCUUCUACACAUGUGUAUUAGAAUCAAAUUGAUGUGCUGUCAGUGUAUUUUUACUGUUGUAACAGGAAAACCAUUUUGACUUUUUUUAAAAUGAGCAAUCAUAUGUAUAAUCAACUUGGUUAAAACUUCCUUCCUGGUAAGUGCAGCACUUCCUUUGCAUCUGGAUAUGAGGGCGAGCAAGAAAAGCAGAACAGCUUAAACAAAGAACUUUUUGCAUAAAUGGUCUUCCUUUAAAAAAAUAGGAACUUCAGAUAUCAAACAAAUGAAUCGUCUUCAGCAAUUCAGCCUUUAUUUUACGAACAGAUUUCUUCUGGCAUGGAGUUGGAGGAUGAACUCCAUGAACAGCCUGUUGUUAUGAGAGAGGAAAACAAACGAAGGAGAAGAAGGAUGAAACCUCACUGUACAUCGAGUAAUUUAUCAUCAAUGGAGCUGAUAUCCAUUGAGUUCAUUCUACCUACAAGCAAUAAACAUACUAAAGUACCGGAAAUGAUGUUACUCGAAAUAGCUGCCAACUGUACGGUUGAGCAAAUGAAAGCACAGAUUUGGAUGCGUGCACUAGAGAUGAGUCAAACCACAGACUUCUACCACACAUUCACCCCGGAUCAGUUUAUUUUGCAGUAUCAGAAGAAAGGGCAAUGGUAUGAAAUUUAUGAUAAACAUCAAGUAUUACAGACACUGGACUGCAUACUGUACUGGAAAGUGUUACAGAAAAAGGUGGGCAAGAUCUAUGUUGUCCAGAAACAAAGCCCAUCAGAAGAAGUUCAGGAAUUUCAGCGGCAACUUAAUGAUUUAAUCGGUUAUGAUGUCACUGAUGUAAGCAACGUGCAUGACGAUGAACUAGAAUUUACCCGUCGUAGAUUAGUCACUCCAAGAAUGAUAGAGGUAGCCUGUAGAGACCCUAAAUUGUAUGCAAUGCACCCAUGGACUACAUCUAAGCCACUCCCAGAAUAUUUAUUAAAAAAGAUCACUAAUAAUAACAUUUUCAUAAUCAUACAUAGAGGAACAACUAGCCAAAAAGUUAAAGUGUCCAUAGAUGACACUCCAGAUAUGAUUCUCCACAGCUUUUUCACAAAAAUGGCAAAGAAAAAGUCUUUGAUGGACAUUCCUGAAGAUCAUAGUGAACUGGAUUUUGUUCUCAGGAUUUGUGGCAGAGAUGAGUACAUUACUGGAGAGACACCAAUCAAAGAUUUUCACUGGAUAAGGCAAUGCCUUAAGAAUGGGGAAGAAAUCCACCUUGUCUUAGACAAUCCCCCUGACCCGAGUGAGGAUGAGGUCCAAAAGGAAGAGUGGCCUUUGGUGGAUGACUGUACAGGUGUUACAGGGUAUCAUGAACAAUUAACAAUAGAUGGAAAAGAUCAUGAGCGAGUCUUUACUAUCUCUUUGUGGGACUGUAACAGGAAAUUUAGGGUGAAAAUAAUUGGCAUUGAUAUCCCAGUUUUACCCAGAAAUACUGAUCUCACUGUGUUUGUGGAAGCUAACAUUCAACACGGGCAGCAGCUCCUUUCACAGAGGAGGACUUCAUCAAAGCCUUUUACUGAGGAGGUUCUGUGGAAUAUUUGGUUGGAGUUUGAUAUCAAAAUCAAGGAUUUGCCUAAAGGGGCACUCCUGAAUCUUCAGAUAUACUGCGGUAAAGCACAGGGACUGUCCACGAAGACAAACCUUCAGUCACAUGAAUCCCCCAACUCUGAUCCGAAGUGCAAAACUCAGCUUCUUUAUUAUGUAAAUCUUUUGCUAAUAGAUCACCGUUUCUUGCUACGAAGUGGGGAAUAUGUGCUCCACAUGUGGAAAAUUCCAGGCAAGGGGGAAGAACAAGGAAGUAUCAAUGCAGACAAACUCACAUCAGCAACUAACCCAGAUAAAGAAAACUCAAUGGCUAUCUCUAUUGUGCUGGAUAAAUAUUGUCACCCAAUUGCCUUGCCCAAGCACAGGAUAACAUCAGACCCCCAAGGGGACAGGACACGAGCUGAAAUGCCCAACCAGCUUCGCAAGCAACUUGAAGAGAUCAUAGCAACUGACCCACUUAAUCCACUUUCUCCUGAGGACAAAGAACUGUUGUGGCACUUCAGAUAUGAAAGCAUAAAGCACCCUAAGGCAUAUCCUAAGCUGCUUAGCUCUGUGAAAUGGGGACAACAAGAAAUAGUGGCCAAAACAUACCAGUUGCUAGCUAAAAAGGAGGUUUGGGAUCAAAGCACUUUAGAUGUUGGACUCACAAUGCAACUUCUGGACUGUAACUUUUCAGAUGAAAAUGUCCGAGCAAUGGCAGUUCAAAAACUGGAAAGUUUGGAAGAUGAUGAUGUUCUUCAUUAUCUUCUGCAGCUUGUGCAGGCAGUGAAAUUUGAGCCAUAUCAUGACAGCGCAUUAGCCAGAUUUCUGCUAAAACGUGGUUUGAGAAACAAAAGAAUUGGUCACUUCUUGUUUUGGUUCUUAAGAAGCGAGAUUGCUCAGUCCAUGCAUUACCAGCAGAGGUUUGCGGUCAUCCUAGAAGCCUAUCUUAGGGGCUGUGGAAAAGCAAUGCUACAUGAUUUCAUGAAGCAGGUUCAAGUAAUCGAAUUGCUCCAUAAAGUCACAAUGGAGAUAAAAUCAGUUUCUGCCGAAAAAUAUGAUGUCACUUCUCAAGUUAUUGUACAGCUGAGACAAAAACUUGAAAAGCUACAGAGCAGCAAACUUCCAGAAAGUUUUAGGGUUCCAUAUGAUCCUGGUCUAAGAGCAGGAGCGUUGGUGAUAGAAAAAUGUAAAGUAAUGGCAUCUAAGAAGAAGCCCCUCUGGCUUGAAUUUAAAUGUGCAGAUCCAACAGCUUUAUCAAAUGAAACCAUAGGCAUAAUCUUUAAACAUGGAGAUGACCUCCGUCAGGAUAUGCUGAUUUUACAGAUUCUUAGAAUUAUGGAAUCCAUUUGGGAAGCAGAAUCCUUGGACCUCUGUUUGUUACCGUAUGGCUGUAUUUCUACAGGGAACAAAAUAGGAAUGAUUGAAAUUGUGAAAGAUGCUACAACAAUUGCCAAAAUCCAACAGAGUACAGUUGGCAACACUGGUGCAUUUAAGGAUGAAAUACUAAACCAGUGGCUCAAGGAAAGAUGCAUGAUUGAAGAGAAGUUUCAGGCAGCUGUGGAAAGAUUUGUUUAUUCUUGUGCUGGAUACUGUGUGGCAACCUUUGUACUUGGAAUAGGAGACAGGCACAAUGACAACAUCAUGAUUACAGAAACAGGUAACCUUUUCCAUAUUGAUUUUGGCCAUAUUCUUGGGAAUUAUAAAAGCUUCCUUGGAAUUAAUAAGGAAAGAGUUCCUUUUGUGCUGACUCCAGAUUUUCUGUUUGUCAUGGGGACUUCCGGAAAGAAGACAAGUCUCCAUUUCCAUAAAUUUCAGGAUGUAUGUGUGAAGGCUUAUUUAGCUCUUCGACACCACACAAACCUGCUGAUCAUCCUGUUCUCCAUGAUGCUAAUGACUGGAAUGCCCCAGUUAACCAGUAAAGAGGAUAUUGAAUAUAUCCGGGAUGCACUGACAGUAGGGAAAAGCGAAGAAGAUGCCAAAAAGCAUUUUCUUGAUCAGAUAGAGGUUUGCAGAGAUAAGGGCUGGACUGUGCAAUUUAACUGGUUUUUACAUCUUGUGCUGGGAAUCAAACAAGGAGUAGAAAAGCAUUCUGCUUAAUGUUUUAUGUAAAUGACGUGUGGGUGUGAAUAGGAGGUUAGUGAAACUACGUGUUAUUUAUGAAUUCAGAAUAAAUGAGCAGUCAAAAUUGCCUUUA